AUGUCGGGACAAGAAAAGAAUGAAGUAAAUCGCUCUGAUGUAAGAGAAGAUAGAGUUGUGACGAACUCCACUGGUAAUCCUAUUAAUGAACCCUUCGUCACCCAGCGUAUCGGGAAACAUGGUCCUUUGCUUUUACAGGAUUAUAACUUAAUUGAUUCUUUGGCUCAUUUCAACAGGGAAAAUAUUCCUCAAAGGAAUCCGCAUGCUCAUGGUUCUGGUGCCUUCGGCUAUUUUGAAGUAACUGAUGACAUUACCGAUAUCUGUGGGUCUGCCAUGUUUAGUAAAAUUGGUAAGAGAACAAAAUGUCUAACAAGGUUUUCGACUGUAGGUGGUGAUAAGGGUAGUGCCGAUACAGUUCGUGACCCAAGGGGGUUUGCAACUAAAUUCUAUACUGAAGAAGGCAAUUUAGAUUGGGUCUAUAAUAAUACGCCUGUAUUCUUUAUCAGAGACCCUUCCAAGUUUCCACAUUUUAUCCAUACACAGAAGAGGAACCCACAAACUAAUCUAAGGGAUGCUGACAUGUUCUGGGAUUUCCUCACUACUCCAGAAAAUCAGGUGGCCAUUCAUCAAGUAAUGAUCCUUUUCUCAGACCGCGGUACCCCUGCCAACUAUCGUAGCAUGCAUGGUUAUUCUGGUCAUACUUAUAAAUGGUCUAAUAAAAAGGGAAAUUGGCACUAUGUGCAAGUUCAUAUUAAAACCGACCAAGGAGUAAAGAAUUUGACCAUAGAAGAGGCCACAGAAAUUGCGGGCUCCAAUCCAGAUUACUGCCAGCAAGAUUUAUUUGAAGCUAUCCAGAGUGGUAACUAUCCUUCGUGGACAGUGUAUAUUCAAACAAUGACUGAACGCGAUGCCAAAAAUUUACCAUUUUCAGUCUUUGAUUUGACUAAAGUAUGGCCUCAGGGCCAAUUCCCCUUACGGCGUGUAGGGAAAAUUGUUUUGAACGAGAAUCCACUGAACUUCUUUGCACAGGUUGAACAAGCUGCAUUCGCCCCCAGUACCACCGUCCCUUACCAAGAAGCAAGUGCUGAUCCAGUAUUACAGGCACGUUUAUUUUCAUAUGCGGAUGCUCAUAGAUACAGGCUAGGUCCCAACUUCCACCAAAUACCCGUAAACUGUCCCUACGCAUCCAAAUUUUUCAAUCCUGCUAUUAGAGAUGGGCCGAUGAAUGUUAACGGCAACUUCGGCUCAGAACCUACGUAUCUAGCCAACGAUAAAUCAUACACGUAUAUCCAACAGGACAGACCUAUUCAGCAACACCAAGAAGUAUGGAAUGGGCCAGCUAUCCCUUACCAUUGGGCAACAUCCCCAGGUGAUGUUGAUUUCGUGCAAGCAAGAAAUCUCUACCGCGUUUUGGGAAAGCAACCUGGACAGCAAAAGAAUUUAGCUCAUAACAUCGGCAUUCAUGUGGAAGGCGCCUGUCCUGAAAUACAGCAGCGCGUUUAUGAUAUGUUUGCUCGUGUUGAUAAGGGACUAUCUGAGGCAAUCAAAAAAGUAGCUGAGGCAAAACAUGCUACUGAACUUUCGAGUAACUCCAAAUUUUGA